AUGCUGGAGCCCUGCGUCUUUUUAGAGCGAAGAGGGGGAAAGACAGAGAAAAAGAGGGGUAAGAAGAAAGGAAAGCACUUUCGCGAGCCACCCAGGCUUCAUUACCACGUCAAUCUGAAGAAGGAAAGAGAGAGAGAGAUAGAGAGGGAGAAACAGGCCGGCCAGGGCCCAGCAGUGGGGCCGGAUCCAUAUGGUGCUGCCGGCUCUGGAAUGAAUAGUGAAUGGAGCGGCUGGGCGCUGGGCUGCUGGAAUCUGCCUCCAAGCCUUUGUGAACAGGAUGACCAAAGACAAGAGGGAGCUCUGCAGAUGGCCCGGGCUAUAAAUAGGUAG